AUGAGAAAACCCACUAGAAGUCCCAAAAAAAAUCCUAAUUUACCACUGACUAAUCAGGGACUUUUUAAAGUUAAAUUUACGGGAAUUCAAGCCAAAAUAUCUUUUCGCUGUGAUACUUUUUUAAUUGCUAAGGUAAAAAAUACCCUCGCUAGUCAGCAUUUAGCCGGUAAUUACCAAUAUCCUAAUCUCAGUUAUUUUUUUCGUUCGGCUCUUCAUGCUUAUCAGUGUGGAAUUGCUUUGACUUACCAACGGGAACCGAAUAACCCCAGAAAGGAAGUGUCUUUUCGUUUGACGGAAGAACUAAUGACUUUUUAUAAUUCGUUGCCGUUGAGUUCAAGGACAGAAAUAAUGGAACGGGCUUUGGGGAACCCUUACCAAAAGGCAAGAGCCAGACAGCGACUUUCCCCGGAAGUAAAAAAACCGUUUGAAACGGUUUAUGAAAUAAAAGACGAAUACAAAGUUCCUAGUUAUGAGGAAUUUGUGAGAAAUUAUGAAAGUAAUGAGAGGGUGAAUUAUGAUGAUUUAAGAGAUGGUGAUGUUGGAAGUAGUAAAGGUUAUGGACCUACUUGUUCUGAUUGUCGCAAAUAUGAUGAUCCUGAUUGUCCUCAUUAUUUAGGUGAUGGUGAAGGAGGAUAUAUACCUCUAUAUUUAUCUUGUCCAGCAAGAGGAUGUGGCGGUGAUGGAAAUCAGUAUCAGUGA